AUGUCUGAACAGUCAAAGAAAGUCCAAGGAGUGGUAAAUAAGAGCUUCAAUACGAUCCCUUGUGGAGAUAUCAGUGUCAAGGAUCUGAAGGAUAUAUAUUCAUGUCUUCUGUACUGCCUGAAGUUGAAAGCUGAGCGCGAAAAAGACCACAGGUUGCUCAAGCUGGCUUUCAAAGCCAACUAUCCGUACUCGUUCAGCUUGGAAACAGGCCUGGCAACGAUGCAAAGGUUGAGGAUCCAUCUCGAAAACACAACCACCUGCAUCAGCAUUUCCUAUGAGGUCAAGGCUAAAACAGCAAGAGAUCUACUCCAGCUGUUCAUGAACGCACGGCUCCUGCACGCACCUGAGGACAAGACCCGGUCAAAACUGAAGUCUGGCGUGCUUCUCCAGCCCACGCCCAAGGGAGUUGCUAUUUUGAACUCGUUCUGCUUGAAAUACGGCAUCCGAGGCCACAAUCAUGUUCCCCAGAUUCUUAAAAGUAACUUAAACUCUAUGGAGCUGAUCUCGUUCGAACGCAAUUCCAGAACAGGCGCCAUCGUGCACAGCGAAUACUGGAAUAAGGUGCUAUUUGUGCACCUGAUGGGACCAACCAAAAAUUUUUGGUCGCCCAACAUGCCGCCUGACGAGCUGCCAGACUUAUCAAGGAGCUACACCGAGGAAACUUUCGGGGCCGCAAAUGGAUUUGGCUCGCUUGAAAUGACAUCUCAGGAUUUGUUUUAUGCGUUCCUGAACGAAAAAAGAGCCUCUGCCCAGCCAGUAGAGCUAGAGCACCAGGUCCAAGAAAUCGAGAAAGACCCUGUUUCGCCUUUCCAUCACAGGUUUUUCACCAACCCCGACUCAGACUCACAUGUUCAAUACUACGUGUCUUCAAAGGGUGUCCGUCUUUUUCACGAUAAGGUAGUCGAGAAGCCAGAUGGUAGCAAAAAAAGUUUGGGCACCUGUUUUACGGGUAAAGCGCUGGUGCAGUGGCUGCUGGAUUGCACCGACGUAUUUUCUCACGAGGAGGCUGUUAGAGUUGCUGGACUGCUCUGGAACAUGGGACUGUUCUACUUAUUGAAUGGUCAGGACUUCCCUAAUGCUUCCAAAUUCAUCCCUCGUAGAAACGCUUAUUAUUUCCUGACCAAGGAGGGCACGAAGCUGGUUCAUUGGACGUUACCAGACAAGAUGUCGACGCCGUCAGACGAGGAGUCGGAGCCAGAGGUUCCGAUGCAACAGUCGCCAACGUUGCAGAUUUCUCUGAAAGACGUGUUAGAGGACCCAGGAAUGAAAUACCAGUUUCGCACGCAUCUGGUGGACGAAUUUUCUGUGGAGAAUUUGGAGGUGUACAAUGACAUCCAGCUGCUGGAAAAAAAGUUCAAGACGCUCAAGAAGCUGCUCAAGCUAAAAGAGCGGGAGAAAAUGUUCCUCCUGCUGACGCCUCUGCGUGCAAAACGCAAAGCUACCAUUUCCGCAGCUGUGAUCAAGCUAUCCACCGAUUGUCUUAGCGACGCGUUUAAUAUCUACACCGCUUAUCUGGCACAGGGUGCUCCCUUCGAGCUGAAUAUCAACUCCAGGCUUCGGACAGAUAUUAGCCGCAAAAUGAUAAUGUCGGAGCAGCAUGCUCCCAAAGAGGUGAAAAUGAAUGCAGAGAUCCAGGCUCCAAAUCCCCCACCUAAAACAAACCUCCCUUCAAGCAAAAAGGACCCGUCUCAGCUCACCUUGGACUUGCAAAGAAUUAAGCUUGUGGACCCCCCGGCGCCAUCCCCAACAGAUAACUCGAUUGCCCCCAUUUUGGAGUCACUGGCAGGAAUCAUGCCGCUUUACGAGGAGGUGAAAAGCCAUGCCUUUGAGCUGAUGGCUAAAGAUUCACUGCCCAAAUUUCUAGAGUCCGACAUCCUCAGAGAGCUCCCUGUAUCGAUCAGCAAACAAACUAAAUGA